UGCUGGGCAAAGUCAAGGAAGCCAGGAGGACACUGGUUUUAGGAAGGUCUCUUUAAUGCUCAUCUGGGGCUAAAGUGGACUGGACGUUUCCACCUGAGUCUUGUCUGCAGGUUUCUCCCAUCUGGUUGUGGCUGUUUCUGAGAUAAUCUCAGAAUUGACUCACCACUGUCACCUCUUCGAUGCCUUUCCCUGCUCCCCUCAGUCCCUCUCAAUCCAUUCUUCUGUGCAGAUGAAGCUCUUUAUCCUGUAAAGAUCAUGUUGAUGUAGGACACACAGGAGAGUUGGGGUUGAACGAACUAUUUCCAUUGGUCCUCCAAUCAGGAUUGAGCAUAGACAGAAGAUGAAGUGGCUCCUCAAUUGCCUGGGUGGUUGGUCCAGCUGACCACCUUCUAUUUGUCAUUUCAGUCCCGUCAAGAUUCAAGGAAACCUUCUGUCCAUCAUGACCUGGCCCAACCACACAGACCUGGGCAUCCCUCCGUCCUUCUUCUUGGUGGGGAUCCCAGGACUGGAGACUGCUUACUUGUUGCUGGCCUUUCCCUUCUGUCUGACCUACCUACUGGCCCUUGUAGGGAAUGGGAUCGUAUUCUUUAUCAUCCAAAUGGAGGACAGUCUCCAUCAGCCCAUGUAUAUGCUCUUAUCCAUGCUGUCCGUAGUGGACAUGGGCCUGUCCAGCUCCACCAUCCCCAAGAUGCUCGCCAUCUUCUGGCUAGGUGCCCAUGACAUUGCCUUCAAUGCUUGCUUGACUCAGAUGUUCUUUAUCCAUGCCUUCACCGCCCUGGAGUCCGGUCUUCUAGUGGCUAUGGCCUUUGACCGCUAUGUGGCUGUGUGUAACCCCCUGCGGUACAUGGCUAUCCUCACUGGCUUCACCAUUGCCAAACUGGGCUUGGCCAUCAUCACUCGGGCAGUGGUGCUCCUUGUCCCCUUAGUUCUAAUGGUAAUGCAUCUCCACUUUUGCCAAACAUGGGUCAUUGUCCAUUCAUAUUGUGAGCACAUGGCUGUGGUCAAGUUGGCCUGUGGGGACACCAAAAUCAACAGUGCCUAUGGCUUAGUGGUGGUUGCCCUAAUCAUUGGGUUUGACAUAGUGUUUAUUUCUUUCUCCUAUUUCCUCAUUCUUGGGACAGUCUUCCAUCUCCCAUCAAAGGACGCCUGUUGGAAGACCCUCGGGACUUGCAGUUCCCACAUUUGUGUGAUCCUGUUGUUCUACACCCCAGCUGUCUUCUCUUUCCUAACCCACCGCUUUGGCCACGGAGUGGCUCCGUAUAUCCGUGUCCUGCUAGCCAGCCUCUACCUCUUAGUCCCCCCAGCGUUGAAUCCCAUUGUGUAUGCCUGGAGAACAAAGCCCAUCAGAGAAAAAAUCCUCAGGGUCUUUCAGCUUUGCAAGACGUGA